AUGUCAGGCACCAAGAUCCAUGGAGUGGUUUUUGGAGAUGACACAGAUCAGGAGGCAGUAGCUCAGAUUUUGGAUUUUAUUUCAUCUCAGACUUCCAUUCCAAUUCUUGGAAUUCAUGGCGGGGCCUCCAUGAUAAUGGCAGAUAAGGAUGUCAUGUCCACGUUCUUCCAGUUUGGGGCUUCCAUCCAGCAAGAAGCCAUUAUCAUGCUGAAGAUCAUGCAGGAUUAUGACUGGCAUGUGUUCUCUCUGGUGACCACCACUUUCCCUGGAUAUCGGGAUUUCAUCAACGUCAUUAAGACCACUGUAGAAAACAGUUUUGUGGGCUGGGACAUGCAGAACAUCAUCAUACUCGAUACUGCCUUUGGAGAUGCCAAAACCCAAAUCCAGCUGAAGAAAAUCCAUUCGUCUGUCAUCCUGCUGUACUGCUCCAAGGAUGAAGCUGUCUACAUCCUGGAUGAGGCUCGGUCCCUGGGCCUUACUGGCUAUGAUUUCUUUUGGAUAGUUCCCAGCCUGGUCAGUGGUAACACAGAAAUCACUCCCAAGGAGUUUCCUUCAGGACUCAUUUCAGCAGCUUAUGAUGAGUGGGACUACAGUUUAGAAGCUCGGGUACGGGAUGGCCUUGGGGUCAUUGCCACUGCUGCAUCAGCCAUGCUGGAAAAGUACUCCUUCAUUCCUGAAGCAAGAACGAGCUGCUAUGGACAACUGGAGAAAAACGACCGGCCCUCGCAAACCUUGCACAAGUUUAUGAUGAAUGUGACGUGGGAAGGCAGAGAUUUGUCCUUCACAGCAGAUGGCUACCAGGCCCACCCCAGGCUGGUGGUGAUCGUGCUGAACAACGAGCGGGAGUGGGAGAAGGUGGGGAAGUGGGAGAACAACUCCCUGAGCCUCAAGUACUCGGUGUGGCCGAGGUACAGCUCCUUCGCAGACAGCGACCCCGACGACAACCACCUGAGCAUUGUCACCCUGGAGGAGGCUCCCUUUGUCAUCGUGGAGGAUGUGGAUCCUCUCAUGGAAAGCUGCCAAAAAAACACGGUGCCAUGCCGGAAAUUUGUCAAACUUAACAACAAAACUAACGAGGGAACUAACGUAAAGAAGUGCUGCAAAGGAUUCUGCAUCGAUAUCUUAAAGAAGUUGUCUAAAACUGUCAAGUUCACAUAUGACCUGUACUUGGUGACGAAUGGGAAGCACGGCAAAAAAGUCAAUAAUGUGUGGAAUGGAAUGAUUGGUGAAGUGGUGUACCACAGGGCAGUAAUGGCUGUGGGCUCUCUCACCAUCAACGAGGAGCGCUCGGAGGUCGUUGACUUUUCGGUGCCGUUCGUGGAGACUGGGAUCAGUGUCAUGGUGUCACGGAGCAACGGCACGGUUUCACCAUCUGCUUUCCUAGAGCCUUUUAGUGCUUCUGUCUGGGUGAUGAUGUUUGUGAUGCUUCUCAUCGUGUCUGCCAUGGCUGUCUUUAUAUUUGAGUACUUUAGUCCUGUAGGAUACAACAGAAACUUAGCACAAGGGAGAGAUCCCCAUGGACCAUCCUUCACCAUUGGAAAGGCAGUGUGGUUGCUGUGGGGCUUGGUCUUCAACAACUCUGUGCCUGUGCAGAACCCCAAGGGGACAACGAGUAAGAUCAUGGUGUCAGUCUGGGCUUUCUUUGCUGUCAUUUUCCUGGCCAGCUACACUGCCAACUUAGCUGCCUUUAUGAUUCAAGAGGAAUUUGUUGACCAAGUGACUGGGCUGAGUGAUAAAAAGUUUCAAAGGCCACAUGAUUAUUCACCUCCUUUUCGGUUUGGAACGGUCCCAAAUGGAAGCACUGAGAGGAAUAUCCGAAACAACUACCCUGAUAUGCACCUCUAUAUGACCAAGUUUAACCAGAAAGGAGUCGAAGACGCCUUGGUCAGCUUGAAAACUGGGAAGUUGGAUGCUUUCAUCUAUGAUGCAGCAGUGCUGAAUUACAAGGCUGGAAGAGAUGAAGGCUGCAAACUUGUCACCAUAGGCAGUGGGUACAUCUUUGCCACUACUGGCUAUGGCAUUGCUCUCCAGAAAGGAUCACCUUGGAAGAGACAAAUUGAUCUCGCCCUCCUUCAGUUUGUGGGAGACGGGGAAAUGGAAGAGUUAGAAACCCUGUGGCUGACUGGUAUUUGUCACAACGAGAAGAACGAAGUCAUGAGCAGCCAGCUGGACAUCGACAACAUGGCAGGAGUGUUUUAUAUGCUUGCAGCAGCCAUGGCACUCAGCUUAAUAACCUUUGUCUGGGAGCACUUAUUUUACUGGAAACUUAGAUUCUGCUUCACUGGAGUCUGCUCGGAUAGGCCGGGAUUGCUGUUCUCAAUCAGCAGGGGUAUUUACAGUUGCAUUCAUGGAGUACACAUUGAAGAGAAGAAGAAGUCUCCUGACUUUUCUUUGACCAAUUCACAAACCAACAUGUUAAAACUGCUGCGAACAGCGAAAAACAUGACCAAUAUCAAUCCUUCAAGAAUUGACUCCCCCAAAAGAACAGCUGAUUUUAUUCAGAGGGGUUCUUUGAUUAUGGACAUGGUCAUGGAUAAGGGAAACUUGAUCUUUUCUGAUAACAGAUCCUUUCAGACAAAGGAUAACUUUUUUGGUGACAACAUAAGUGAACUGCAGACACUUCCUGGCAAUCGACACAAGGACAAUCUGAACAACUAUGUUUUCCAAGGGCAGCAUCCUCUCACACUGAAUGAAUCCAAUCCAAAUACAGUAGAGGUUGCAGUAACAACAGAAGCAAAAGUGAACUCCAGACCCAGGCAGCUUUGGAAGAAAUCUGUUGAAUCUUUACGGCAAGAUUCUGGCUCUCCACGGGAUAAAAUCUACACGAUUGAUGCUGACAAGGAGCCAGGAUUCCGCUUGGACACACCUCAGUACAUUGAAAACAUUGUCCUUCCAGAACCUGUAGAGCUUCCUGAUGUUUACCAAGACCACAAUGACAACUACAGGAAAGCCGAACACGCUAACAGGACUCCAUCACAUAAUGAAGACAGUCUUCCAAAUAAUGACCAGUUUAAACUUUAUGGAAAGCACUACACUCUCAAAGAAAAAAAUACUUCCCUAGGUGACAUGAACGAUAGGUACAGGCAGAAUUCCACGCACUGCAGGAGCUGUCUCUCCAACAUGCCCACCUACGCGGGGCACUACUCGACCAGAUCUCCCUAUAAAUGCGAUGCAUGCUUGCGGAUGGGGAACCUCUAUGAUAUUGAGGAAGAUCAGAUGCUGCAGGAUACAACGAACUUAUCACUUCCUGAAGAAAUAUAUGAGCGUACUUGGUCGCAAAGUAGUGCUCUGCAAUAUCAUAAAAAGAAUAAACUGAGGAUUAGCAGGCAACACUCUUUUGAUAAUAUUGCUGAUAAGUCCAGGGAAAUUGAUAUUGGAAGACCUUCUCGUAGUAUAAGCUUGAAAGAAAGAGAGAAAUUUCUUCAAAGUAGUCCGUAUGCAAGCAUGUUUAGUGUUCCCUCAAGCAAACUGUUGAGCAACAAGGCCUCACUUUUAACUCAUGCUCUGGAGGACAGUAAGCGGAGCAAGUCCCUGUACGCUUUUCACUCGGAUGAUAACCCCUUCCUGCACUCCUAUCGUGAUGACCAGCAUUUGUCUCUUAGGCGAAGUCCAGCUGAUCUUUAUAAACACUCAUUGCCAACAAGAGGAAGAAAUGAUAAUUAUUUAAGGUCAUCCAUACAGUCCACAGCAUCAUACUCUUCCAGGGAUGGUCGGAUCCAUAAUGACAUGUACAUUUCAGAGCAUGUUUUGCCUUACGUUGCAAAUAGGAAUAGCUUGUACUCAACUCCAAGGGUUUUAAAUUCCUGUAGCAAUACACGUGUGUAUAAGAAAAGGCCUAGCAUUGAAUCAGAUGUUUAA